UCCCUUCCACCGUCGCGCCGAGAAGCGAGAAGAGAGGAUGCUGCUGGAUUUCGGUCUGCAGGGCUGCAAGUACUCUCUCUGCGAGUGACGUCAGACCGUGCGCCAGGUAUAAAGGGCCCUGAGCGGGAGGGCAAAGACACAGUUCGACUCGUGGUGUCUUCACUGUACCAUCACUCCGACAUGAAAGCCUUCACUGUGUGCCUUUUUGCUGGCCUGGCCGCUCUGGCCUGCGCCGAACCCCCUUCGGGAUACAACUACCAAAGGCCUAGUGGAGGUUCUUUCAGCCAUGGGGGCUCCUUCAGCUCGGGUGGCUCUUUCAGCUCGGGCGGCUCCUUCGGCGGAGGCUCCUUCGGCGGUGGCUCCCUCACCCCGGUGAGCGACUUCGGCGGCUCGACCAACGAGGGCCAGAGCAUCGACCCUCAGAUCCUGGAGCAGGUGCGCCAGAUCAUCCUGCGCUCCGAGGCUAGCGGCGGACACGGCGGCAUCACCUCGUCCUACGGCGUGCCCGGCCUCAGGGUCGUCGACAUCUCCCUCGAGGGCAUCCGCCAGGCCAUCCAGGUUGCUCAGUUCCAGCAGACCCACCAGGGCGCCCCCAUCCCCAUCGCCCCCGUGCCCGGAUACGCCCGCGGCCCCCAGACCAGCUACAGGGCCCCCUCCAGCUCGUACGGAGCCCCCUCCGCCCCCUCCAACUCCUACGGAGCCCCCUUCUAAAUUUCUACCCCCCAACCCCGAUCGCCCUCCCCCCUUGAAAAGCCUUUUGUCGUUAAAGUUUUUGUUUAAUAUUUAGGCUUGUCAUCAACCCCCCCUCUAAAUUGUAAUGAGUUAUUAAGUUUCCCCGCCCCCCGCCCCCCAAGUAACGUCCCCCUCAAGCUUUGAAACUUUAAGAACAAGAGUAAACACCAAACGGGUCAUUUUUAUUUAUUCACCACCAACCUCCCCUGUCAACUUGGAGGUAAAAUCGAGUCAACUUAGGUUUAAUUUUUGUGAAAUAACGUGUAAUUAUUACAUUCUCAUGCUGUUGUGAUGUAUAUUUGUGUGGAACCAAUGCUGCUGCUGUGUAUAAUUGACUUUUGUAAUAAAAAAAUACUGUAAAAUUA